AAGGAACAGGUGCCUUAUCUAUAUAUAAUGCCGCUGACGUACCUGUUUACUUUUGCGAAUUUUGUCUUGGCCUUCUUCGUCCCAUCUCGUGACUGAUCAUCUCAAAUAAAGCUGUCGCCCCUCGUCCGUUGUUUUUUCACGGGGCGCUUUCGACACUGACCUGCCUCACAUCACCCCUACCAGCAGCGCUUCACUCGACCUGAGAUAACGAACAACACCUUGACACACACGCCGAAAUCCCCAUUACUCAACCACCCCCCUCUUAAAAAAAUAAAAAAUGACCGCCGAAGUAUCGCACGGGAGAGGUGGAGCAGGAAACAUGGCAGCCGACGACACCAAAUACGUUGACGGCGAGGUAGUAAGGGCUGGUCCCGAGGGCUCUCACGGAACUGGCGCCUUCAGCUCUGGCCGAGGAGGAGCCGGAAACAUCGCCGACGCCAAGACCCAACCCGCCCCGCGCGCAGACAAGGACCUCGUCCCCGAGGAGGCCUACCGCCCCUCGACCGAGGGCCAGGACUACCACGUCGGCCGGGGUGGCGCUGGCAACGCCGUCGAGACGGACAAGCCGGCUCCCCACAAGGACAUUGACCACGAGAAGAAGGCCGCCGCCCAGGCCCGCGCCGAGGGCAACACCGGCGUCAGCGUUGCUGACAAGCUCAAGGCCAAGAUCCUCGCACCCUUCCACAAGAAGUAGACUUUUUUUUUUCGGGGGGGGGUGGGGGGGUGCUGCAACAGUGCCUUGGCGCGUUUUGUAGAGGGAAAGACGACGAUGGACUGCGUGUCUCUACGGUACCUAGUUGCUGCCGGUCGGUUGUGCUGGAUGGUUUGGAAGUUUUGUUUUGUUUUGACAUACCCUUCACGAUAUCCCCAUUUCGCACGAUAGUUCUCCGACACAGUGUUUGCACCCAAGGGUUGCCCUUGAAGUCUCGAAAAUUGACACCGUGCCGUUACUACAUGGUGUCCUGACAUGUGCUCGUUCAGAAUGAACUCCGAAUGACUUUCAUAUGCAUAUAAGACUGGCGAGAUAAGUUACUGAGCAGUUGUCGAUGGGCGCUGUAUUUUUUUGCACGCACUAGGGAGUACUUCAAAAUUCGAUCCCGAGCGGCCUUGCAGCUCAGAAGCUGCCUGGUUGGAAAGCUGUCUUCAAGCAGAGACUAAUGUGCAGCUUAGAGUAAGAC